AGCACUUCCUUUUAAAAGUUUUAUUGCUAUUCAUGAAACCUGCGGAAAACCUGAACUCCUGAGUUCUUCCUUGCUUUAACCCAAGCUGCUCCAAGUCAGGAGGAACUAAAUUGGAGAAACUAAUUGGAUACAUGACCUAGUACCUCGUGUCCAAUGAGGAUCUGCCGUCGCAAGCUUAGUUCAGAUAUCGCUUUCCGAUUGGUUCUUCCUGGUAAGGGGGCGGAGACAGUUGAUUGACUUCCGCUUACGGACUGUGGAAAAAUGGCGGCGGCCAGGAGACUGAAGUUUGUGCUCCAUGGCCCCCGGCUGUCACUGCACACCGCGGCGCAGGUCGCCAGCGCGGCUCGGGAACUCGCCGGCCCAGACGCCGCGGCAGUUUCCGCCGCGCGGUACCCACCGAUUGUGGCCUCCCUCACUGCCGACAGCAAAGCGGCGAGGCAGCGGCGAGUGGAGCGAUGGCAGGCGACGGUACACGCGGCCCAGUCGGUGGACGAGAAGCUGCGGAUCUUAACCAAGAUGCAGUUCAUGAAGUACGUGGUGUACCCGCAGACCUUCGCCCUCAACGCUGACCGCUGGUACCAGGGCUUUACCAAGACCGUGUACCUGUCGGGCCUGCCGCCGCGGCCGGCGCAGCCCGAGGGAGCGGCCGCCGUGGACCUGGCCGCCCUGCGCGCCGCCGCCCGCGACUGCCUGCUGCAGGAGCACUUCUUCCUGCGCCGCCGGCGCCGCGGGCCCAACUACCGCGAACGCCAGGCCCUCGCCUCGACCUUGCUGGACCAGCUGGUCACCGCCCUCACUGGGCUGCUCAGCCCGCACAACCCGAUCCUGGCCUCCGCUGCCCUCGAUUGUAAACGUCCGGUUCAUUUUUAUUGGUUGCGGGGUGAAGAAAUUAUUCCUUCUGGUCAUCGGAAGGGGAGAAUUGAUGCUUUGCGGUACCAAAUAGAUGAUAAACCACACAACCAGAUUCGAAUAUCCAAACAACUCCCAGAGUUUGUGCCACUGGAUUAUUCUCCUCCUCUAGAAAUCCCUGUUAUGAGUUGCAAACCAGACAAACUUCCGUUAUUCAAGCGGCAGUACGAAAAUAACAUAUUUACUGGCUCAAAGACGGCAGAUCCAUGCUGUUACGGUCAUACCCAAUUUCAUCUAUUAAAUGAUAAAUUAGAAAGAGAACGGUUUUUAAAAAGAAACUGUGCUGAUCAGAUAGAAGUUGCUUACAGAGCUAAUGCUAUUGCAAGUCUUUUUGCUUGGACUGGAGCUCAAGCUAUGUAUCAAGGUUUCUGGAGUGAAGCAGAUGUUACUCGACCUUUUGUUUCCCAGUGCGUGGUCACAGAUGGAAAAUACUUUGCCUUUUUCUGCUACCAGUUAAAUACUCUGGCACUGACUACACAAGCUGAUCAAAAUAAUCCUCGUAAAAAUAUAUGUUGGGGGACUCAAAGUAAACCUCUUUAUGAAAGUAUUGAAGAUAAUGAUGUGAAAGGUUUUAAUGAUGAUGUUCUCCUUGACAUAGUUCAUUUUCUGUUGAAUAGACCAAAAGAAGAUAAAUCACAGCUGCUGGAAAACUAAGAAAAACACUUUUGGUACAGCACUCUGGGAUUACUUAAAUUUCACUGAAUAGACAAUAAAAGCAAUUUUGGUGAUAAACAUUGUCAAAUAUUAUAUGAUUGAUUUGAUAUAUAGUUCACAUAUUAAUUUAUGACUAGACCUCUCAUUUUGUGCAGAAUAAAUAUUUGAUUUGUAAACUUAGGUUUUUACUUUGGAUGCAAUGAUCUAACAAUAAUUUUGUUUACUACAUAUAUUUCCCUGAGCACCAUCAGGCACCCUGAGUACAAGCCAGGAUUAUGCUCUAAGCAUAGCUGGAUUUAUACCCUCCUUGAAAAUUUGUAUAUGAGUAACAGAUUAAUUGAAAUAUAAUACCUAGUGUUAAUUACAUAUGUUUUUGAAAAUACUAUAAGGGCAAUAAUUUAGAUGUUUGAGAGUGUAUAUAUAACAUAUAAUAUAUACUUUAUUAAUAUAUAUUUAUUAACAAAUAUAUAGAAUUUGUAUAUGAUAUAUAAGGUUUUUGUUCUAACAUGGUUAACGUUUAAAAACCUUGCUCAGCCUCUCUAAAACAUGAAAAAUAUUUUAUACACGUGUAUAAAUAUUUUAUACAUUUUAAAUAUAUAAAAUUUUUAUAUUUUAUAAAAUAUUUUAUACAUGUAUAAAUAUUUUAUACAUAUUUUAUACAAAUAUUUUAUAAAAGUUACUUAAGUAACUUUUCCAAGGUCUCACAGAUAAUUGAUAAAUUUUAUAUAGCUUAGGUUCUCAGCACUUUGAUGUAACAUUUUCGUUUGUGUUUUUUCUCCAUUCCAAAUUUCAGAAAACAAGGUUUGCUAUGUUUCAAAAUCAAAUAUCACUGGCAAAAUAAUCUUGAGAAUGAGGGUUCAUUCAAAAUCCUUUUAGCAAGAAAAGAGAAUUCCUUUGUAUAAUCAUUUUUUCAGGUUUUUUGGAGGGUUCCCAAUCUGUGCUCAGGGUCCUUAGGGCUCCUUCUUUUGUGAUUCUUUGCUGGUCGCCCAGUGCUAGGGCCAGAAGAUGAGUCAGGACCACGAGGGCCACAUUGUUAAUACUUGAGCACUUCCAGGGCCACGGCCAGCAGUGCUGGGGGCGUCCAGGAUUACACUUGCGGAUGCUGGGAUCGAAUUGAGUACCUCAUGGUACUAUACUCCUCAUGGCCACUGUAGAAUCAUUCCUGUUGCUUUGUAUAGCCUUCUGGUGAAAGUUUAAAAUUUACUAUUAGGUACUAGUCAUUUGAUGAAAAAUGGCUGCUUUUCUUUCUCUUUUCCUUCCUGCCCUCUCCAUUUAUUAUUUUUUUCUCAUCCUGCCUUCUUUCAUUCUCUCUUUCCCUCUCUCCCCUCUUCUCUCUUUCAAGGUAAUCCAGUUAUUUGUUUCCAAAGCUUGGAUUAUUGUUUUCUAACUUUAGUCCUGUUUUCUUCUUUCCAUCAAUCCUUCUUGGGCAAGUGCUGCUAUAUAGAGUCUGCUACACCAUAUUCUAAGUAAAAUAUUUUAUUAUUAUUUUUAAAAAUUUUGCUCAUUGCUUAUUCC